AUGAGUGAGUGCAGAAAACCAACCCUGGGUUCAAGCCCUGAGACAUUCAGCCCAGAUGUUGUUGCUGACAUUUUUGAACUCUUUGCUAAGAACUUUUCUUAUGGCAAGCCACUUAAUAAUGAGUGGCAAUUACCAGAUUCCAGUGAGAUUUUCACCUGUGACCACACAGAAUUUAAUGUGUUACUUGAUUUGAAGAACUCUCUAAAUGAAGUAAAAAACCUACUGAGUGAUAAGAAGCUGGAUGAGUGGCAUGAACACACUGCUUCCACUAAUAAAGCUGGAAAAAUUAUUUCCUGUGUGAGAAAAUCUAUGAAUGCUGAACUUUGUACUCAAGCAUGGUGUAAAUUUCAUGAAAUUUUGUGCAGCUUUCCAGUUAUUCCACUGGAAGCUUUUCAGAAUGGAAAACUGAAUUCUCUACAUCUUUGUGAAGCUCCUGGGGCUUUUAUAGCUAGUCUCAAUCACUACUUAAAAUCCCAUCGAUUCCCUUGUGAAUGGCAUUGGGUAGCUAAUACUCUGAAUCCAUACCAUGAAGCCAAUGACAAUCUUACGAUGAUUAUGGAUGACCGACUUAUUGCAAAUACCUUGCAUUGGUGGUACUUUGGUCCAGAUAACACCGGUGAUAUCAUGACCUUGAAAUAUCUGACUGGCCUUCAGAAUUUCAUAAGCAACAUGACCACUGUUCACUUGAUCACUGCAGAUGGGAGCUUCGAUUGCCAAGGAAACCCAGGUGAACAAGAAGCUUUGGUCUCUUCUUUACAGUACUGUGAAGCAGUCACUGCCCUGGUGACCCUUGGAAACGGUGGCUCUUUUGUUCUGAAGAUGUUUACUUUGUUUGAACAUUGUUCCAUAAACUUGAUGUACCUGCUCAACUGUUCCUUUGAGCAAGUCCAUGUUUUCAAACCUGCUACAAGCAAGGCAGGAAACUCAGAAGUCUAUGUGGUAUGUCUUCAGUAUAAGGGGAGAGAUGUAAUCCAGCCUCUCUUAUCUAAGAUGGUGCUGAACUUUGGAACUGAAAUGACCAGGAAAUCUCUCUUUCCUCCUCAUGUGAUUCCUGCAUCUUUUCUUAAAAGGCAUGAAGAAUGUUGUGCGUUCUUUCAUAAAUACCAGCUAGAGACUAUUUCUGAGAACAUCCGUCUGUUUGAGGGCAUAGGAAAGGAGGAACAGGCAAGAUUGAAUAAUUUAAGGGACUGUGCUGUUCAAUAUUUCAUGCAAAAGUUUCAAUUAAAGCCUCUUUCCAGAAAUAAUUGGCUAGUAAAAAAAUCUAAUAUUGGUUGUAGUACAAAUACAAAAUGGUUUAGGCAGAGGAACAGAUAUUUUAAAACCUAUAAUGAAAGGAAAAUGCUAGAAACUCUUUCAUGGAAAGAUAAGGUGGCCAAAGGAUACUUUAAUAGUUGGGCCGAAGAACAUGUUGCAUAUAAUUCUGGGCAAAGUUCUCUUUUAGAGAGGACAGCUUCCAAUCUUGAGUGUCAUUCAUGGCAUAUUUUAGAGGGAAAGAAACUGCCAAAAGUAAAGUGUUCUCCUUUUUGUGAUAGUGAUAUUUUAAAGACUCUUAAUGAAGCAAUUGAAAAAUCAUUAGGUGGAGCCUUGAAUUUGGAUUCCAAGUUCUGGCCAAAACAUCAGAAUUGUUGUUCUUGCCAUGUUUUUUCUGAAGAACUGAUUUUUUCUGAGUUGUUUAGGCUUAUCAAGUGCCUUCAGGAUGAGCAGGUUGGAGAACCCAGCAACCAAAUAAAAUGCCUGCUUGUGGGUUUUCCAGUUCUCCCUGAUAUCAAAAUGCAUAUACCAUUGGAAAUUCAACUUCUUGAAUCGGCUGAGCUUAUGUCUUUCACCUGCUCAUUGUUUCAUGAUGGGGACCCAACUUACCAGCAGUUAUUUUUGAACUGCCUUCUACAUUCACUACAGCAUCUUAAUACAGGGGAUGUUAUGAUUUUGCCAGUACUUUCCUGUUUUACAAGGUUUAUGGCUGGUUUGAUCUUUGUACUCCAUAGCUGUUUUAGAUUCAUCACAUUUUCUUGUCCCACAUCCUCUGAGCCUCUGAAGAUCUGUGCAGUCCUGUUAUGUGUUGGUUACCAGGACCUUCCAAAUCCAGUUUUCCAGUAUCUGCAGAAUCUGAACGGAUUGUUGAGUGCUUUGCUUAACUCUGAUGCACCCGAACAAGUUUUACAGUUUGUGCCAAUGGAAUUUCUCCUUCAGGGGGCACUGCUUGAUUUUUUGUGGGAUUUGAAUGCUGCCAUUGCUAAAAGACAUUUGCAUUUGAUUAUUCAAGGAGAGAGAGAAGAAAUCAUCAGCAGCCUUCAGUUACAAAAUUGA